UGCUUCUUUGUUAGGGCUGGGAAAAGACUGUGGACUGCUACAGUCCUGGGCAAGGGUUAAUGCCUGCAAGCUUUAAAGUUAGAACUAUCCCUCUUGAUGGAAGCAAUGAAGCAUUUGAGGAAGUUCUAGAUCCUGAUUUUGGUGAAUCAGCCAUUGGUCGUGUUGCACCUGUUGAUUCUGGGUUGUGGUGGAUUAUUUUGUUGAGAGCUUAUGGGAAGAUCACUGGCGACUAUGCAUUGCAAGAAAGAGUGGAUGUUCAGACAGGCAUAAGAUUAAUACUUAAUCUAUGUUUAACUGGUGGGUUUGACAUGUUUCCUUCUCUGUUAGUAACUGAUGGUUCCUGCAUGAUUGAUAGACGGAUGGGCAUUCAUAGACACCCUCUUGAAAUCCAAGCGUUAUUCUACUCAGCUCUACGUUGUUCCCGCGAAAUGCUUAUUGUCAAUGAUGGAACCAAGAAUUUGGUGGCUGCUAUCAAUAAUCGACUCAGUACACUCUCCUUUCAUAUCAGAGAGUAUUAUUGGGCGGAUAUGAAGAAGAUCAAUGAGAUUUAUCGUUACAAGACAGAGGAAUACUCUACAGAUGCCAUUAACAAGUUCAAUAUUUAUCCAGAUCAAAUUCCUUCUUGGCUGGUAGAUUGGAUCCCUGAGAAAGGUGGCUACCUCAUUGGCAAUCUGCAACCUGCUCAUAUGGAUUUUAGGUUUUUCACACUUGGAAAUCUUUGGGCCAUUGUUCCAUCUUUAGGUAGCCCAGAACAGAAUGAGGGUAUUCUGAAGGACAAAUGGGAUGAUCUUGUGGCUCAAAUGCCUCUUAAAAUUUGUUACCCUGCUUUGGAGCAUGAGGAAUGGCGUAUAAUCACUGGCAGUGACCCAAAGAAUACUCCCUGGUCUUAUCAUAAUGGUGGAUCUUGGCCAACACUGCUAUGGCAGUUCACAUUGGCCUGCAUUAAGAUGGGGAGGCCAGAAUUGGCACAGAAGGCUGUUGCUUUGGCAGAGAAGAGGCUUUCAAUGGAUCAGUGGCCUGAAUAUUAUGACAUGCGCAGUGGGAGAUUCAUAGGAAAGCAAUCCCGGCUCUUCCAGACAUGGACAAUUGCUGGUUUUCUAACGUCGAAGAUGCUUUUGAAGAAUCCGGAGAAGGCGUCCUUGUUGUUCUGGGAGGAGGAUUACGAACUCCUUGAAAUUUGUGUCUGCGCGCUUAGCAAAACUGGUCGAAAGAAGUGCUCACGUUCUGCUCCAAGGUCUCAGAUUCUUGCUCGAUGACAAGUGAGUGCUAUACAGAGCGCUCUGAGCUAAAAAAAUAUAGAUCUCAAAUGACGGUGACUCCAUUGAAUACAAGACUCUUUUAACUUCUUUCCUUUCAGCACCUAAAGCUUAGGUUGUGGUCCUGUUUUCGGAAAUCAAACGAUACUGUGGAAUAUGAUCGUGUUGUCCCAUUAAUUGAAGGAGGGACGAUUCUUAUUUGAUGGCUCUGUUUUUUUGAGAGCCUCUUAACCUAUUUGUAUGGUUCCACUGCUGAUCACUGUUGCAUGUACUUGAAUUAUGUGGCAGUCUGACAAUACUUGUAACUUCGCUGGAAAUUAUAUGAUAUUCGUAUUGAUUGUGUUCAUGAUUUAAA